AUUCUUGUAUUGUGAGUUUGCUUACAUGUCAUCGACGGCGACGGCACAAAUGGCGUCGCUCGCCGUUCUCACCGCCCUCUUCUGCGCGACGCUGGCCGCCUCCGGCGCCGCCGGCGUCCGCGUCGAGCUCACGCGCAUCCACUCCGGACUCACCGCCUCCCAAUUCGUCCGCGACGCCCUGCGCCGCGACACGCACCGGCACAGCGCCAGGCAGCUCGCCGCGUCCGGCGGCGCCGCCACGGUGUCCGCGCCGACCAGGAAGAACUCGCCCGGCGGCGGGGAGUACCUGAUGACGCUGGCCAUCGGCACGCCGCCGCUGUCCUACCCGGCCAUCGCCGACACGGGCAGCGACCUCAUCUGGACGCAGUGCGCGCCCUGCGGCGCCCAGUGCUUCAAGCAGCCGGCGCCGCUCUACAACCCGGCGAGCUCCACCACCUUCGGCGUGCUCCCGUGCGACAGCUCGCUGAGCAUCUGCGCGGCGGCGCUGGCCGGGGCGACCCCGCCGCCGGGGUGCGCGUGCACGUACAACUACACGUACGGCACCGGGUGGACGUCGGGCGUCCAGGGGUCCGAGACGUUCACGUUCGGCUCGGCGCCGGCCGACCAGACCCGCGUCCCAGGCAUCGCCUUCGGGUGCAGCAACGCGAGCAGCGACGACUUCAACGCCUCGGCCGGCCUCGUCGGUCUGGGCAGGGGGAGGCUGUCGCUCGUCUCGCAGCUAAGCGCCCGCAAGUUCUCCUACUGCCUCACGCCGUUCCAGGACACCCGCAGCACCAGCACGCUCCUCCUCGGGCCGUCGGCGGCGCUCGACGAAACGGGCGUCCGCUCCACGCCGUUCGUCGCCAGCCCGGCCGAGGCUCCCAUGAACACCUUCUACUACCUCAACCUGACGGGCAUCUCUCUUGGCACGACGGCGCUGUCCAUCCGGCCCGACGCCUUCUCCCUGAAGGCCGACGGCACUGGCGGGCUCAUCAUCGACUCCGGCACGACCAUCACGUCGCUGGUCGACGCGGCGUACCAGCAGGUCCGCGCCGCCGUCGUCUCGCUGGUGACGCUGCCGAUGACAGACGGGUCGGCAACGACGGGGCUCGACCUGUGCUUCGCGCUGCCGUCUGCGGCGUCGGCGGCGCCGGCCAUGCCGAGCAUGACGCUCCACUUCGACGGCGCGGACAUGGUGCUCCCGGUGGACAGCUACAUGAUCCUGGACUCCAGCUUGUGGUGCCUAGCGAUGCAGAACACGACCAACGGCGCGAUGAGCACGCUCGGAAACUACCAGCAGCAGAACAUGCACAUCCUCUACGACGUUGGGCAAGAGACACUGUCGUUUGCUCCGACCAAGUGCAGCACACUCUGACCAGACCUAACUACAAAUGUUGGUGGUGUGUAUACUUCUAUAUAGAGGUGUUCCCUUUGAUGUCGAUGUACUUUAUUCUUCGUUUUGAAAUGUAUGGC